CCCAGCCCGGGACGCGAGAGGUGCCUCCCCGCUGCCCGGGGCUCCCGCCGCUGAAGGGGUGACCGAGAAGACCGCGGAGAUGGCCGGGGCCUCGGUGAAGGUGGCGGUGCGCGUCCGCCCCUUCAACUCCCGGGAGAUGAGCCGAGACUCCAAGUGCAUCAUCCAGAUGUCGGGGAGCACCACCACCAUCGUGAACCCCAAGCAGCCCAAGGAGACGCCCAAGAGCUUCAGCUUCGACUACUCCUACUGGUCGCACACGUCGCCCGAGGACGCCGGCUACGCGUCGCAGAAGCAGGUGUACCGCGACAUCGGCGAGGAGAUGCUUCAGCACGCCUUCGAGGGCUACAACGUGUGCAUCUUCGCCUACGGGCAGACGGGCGCGGGCAAGUCCUACACCAUGAUGGGCAAGCAGGAGAAGGAGCAGCAGGGCAUCAUCCCGCAGCUCUGCGAGGACCUGUUCUCCCGCAUCAACGACACCACCAACGCCAACAUGUCCUACUCGGUGGAGGUCAGCUACAUGGAGAUCUACUGCGAGCGUGUCCGGGACCUCCUGAACCCCAAGAACAAGGGCAACCUGCGCGUGCGGGAGCACCCACUGCUGGGCCCCUACGUGGAGGACUUGUCCAAGCUGGCCGUCACCUCCUACAACGACAUCCAGGACCUCAUGGACUCGGGGAACAAGGCCAGGACUGUGGCCGCCACCAACAUGAACGAGACCAGCAGCCGCUCCCACGCCGUCUUCAACAUCAUCUUCACCCAGAAGCGGCAUGACGCCGAGACCGACAUCACCAGCGAGAAGGUGAGCAAAAUCAGCCUGGUGGACCUGGCCGGGAGCGAGCGAGCCGACUCCACGGGCGCCAAGGGCACGCGCCUCAAGGAGGGGGCCAACAUCAACAAGUCCUUGACCACGCUGGGGAAGGUCAUCUCCGCGCUGGCUGAGAUGGACUCGGGGCCCAACAAGAACAAGAAGAAGAAGAAGACAGACUUCAUCCCCUACCGAGACUCCGUGCUGACCUGGCUCCUGCGGGAAAACCUGGGCGGGAACUCGAGGACGGCGAUGGUGGCGGCCCUGAGCCCCGCGGACAUCAACUACGACGAGACACUGAGCACCCUGAGGUACGCCGACCGGGCCAAGCAGAUCCGCUGCAACGCCGUGGUCAACGAGGACCCCAACAACAAGCUGAUCCGGGAGCUGAAGGACGAGGUGACCCGGCUGCGGGACCUGCUCUAUGCCCAGGGUCUGGGCGACAUCACCGACACCAGCACUGUGCCCGGAGGACCCACAUUGACCAACGCGCUGGUGGGCAUGAGCCCCUCGUCCUCGCUGUCAGCCCUGUCCAGCCGCGCCGCCUCAGUGUCCAGCCUGCACGAGCGUCUCCUUUUCGCCCCGGGCAGCGAGGAGGCCAUCGAGCGGCUGAAGGAGACGGAGAAGAUCAUCGCAGAGCUCAACGAGACGUGGGAGGAGAAGCUGCGGCGCACGGAGGCCAUCCGGAUGGAGAGGGAGGCCCUGCUGGCGGAGAUGGGCGUGGCCAUGCGGGAGGACGGCGGCACGCUGGGCGUGUUCUCGCCCAAGAAGACGCCGCACCUGGUCAACCUCAACGAGGACCCACUGAUGUCCGAGUGCCUGCUCUACUACAUCAAGGACGGGGUCACCAGGGUGGGCCGGGAGGACGGCGAGCGGCGGCAGGACAUCGUGCUGAGCGGGCACUUCAUCAAGGAGGAGCACUGCAUCUUCCGGAGCGACUCCCGAGGGGGCGGCGAAGCCGUGGUGACGCUGGAGCCCUGCGAAGGGGCGGACACCUACGUCAACGGCAAGAAGGUCACGGAGCCCAGCGUCCUGCGGUCAGGAAACCGCAUCAUCAUGGGAAAGAGCCACGUGUUCCGGUUCACGCACCCAGAGCAGGCGCGGCAGGAGCGCGAGCGCACACCCUGCGCCGAGACGCCCGCCGAGCCGGUGGACUGGGCCUUCGCGCAGCGCGAGCUGCUGGAGAAGCAGGGCAUCGACAUGAAGCAGGAGAUGGAGCAGAGGCUGCAGGAGCUGGAGGACCAGUACCGCCGGGAGCGGGAGGAGGCCACCUACCUGCUGGAGCAGCAGCGGCUGGACUACGAGAGCAAGCUGGAGGCCCUGCAGAGGCAGAUGGACGCCAGGUACUACCCCGGGGCGGCGGAGGAGGAGGAGGAGCCCGAGGACGAAGUGCAGUGGACGGAGCGCGAGGGCGAGCUGGCGCUGUGGGCCUUCCGCAAGUGGAAGUGGUACCAGUUCACGUCGCUGCGGGACCUGCUGUGGGGCAACGCCGUGUCGCUCAAGGAGGCCAACGCCAUCAGCGUGGAGCUCAAGAAGAAGGUGCAGUUCCAGUUCGUCCUCCUCACGGACACACUCUACUCCCCGCUGCCCCCCGACCUGCUGCCCCAGGCGGCCAAGGAGCGGGAGACGCGCCCCUUCCCCCGCACCAUCGUGGCCGUGGAGGUGCAGGACCAGAAGAACGGGGCCACCCACUACUGGACGCUGGAGAAGCUCAGGCAGCGCCUCGACCUGAUGCGGGAGAUGUACGACCGGGCAGCCGAGGUGCCCUCCAGCGUCGCCGAGGACUGUGACAACGUGGUGACCGGCGGGGACCCCUUCUAUGACCGCUUCCCCUGGUUCCGGCUGGUGGGCAGGGCCUUCGUGUACCUGAGCAACCUGCUGUACCCCGUGCCCCUGGUGCACCGCGUGGCUGUGGUCAGCGAGAAGGGCGAGGUCAAGGGCUUCCUGCGCGUGGCCGUCCAGGCCAUCUCAGCCGACGAAGAGGCCCCGGAUUACGGCUCCGGCGUCCGCCAGUCGGGAACCGCCAAGAUCUCCUUCGACGACCAGCAUUUUGAGAAGUUCCAGGCCGAGUCCUGCCCCAGGGGCCUGUCCCGCUCUGGGGCCUCGCAGGAGGAGCUGCGCAUCGUGGAGGGCCAGGGCCAGGGCGCGGAGGCCGGUCCCUCGGCCGACGAGGUCAACAACAACACCUGCUCAGCCGCGUCUCCAGAGGGCCUCCUGCCAGACGGCCCCGAGAAAGCCGGGCUGGAGGGGCCGCUGGACGCCGCCCUGGACCACCUGCGCCUGGGCAGCACCUUCACCUUCCGCGUGACGGUGCUGCAGGCGUCCAGCAUCUCCGCCGAGUACGCCGACAUCUUCUGCCAGUUCAACUUCAUCCACCGCCACGACGAGGCCUUCUCCACCGAGCCCCUGAAGAACACGGGCCGCGGCCCCCCGCUCGGCUUCUACCACGUCCAGAACAUCGCGGUGGAGGUGACCAGGUCCUUCGUGGAGUACGUCAGGAGCCAGCCCAUCGUGUUCGAGGUGUUCGGCCACUACCAGCAGCACCCCUUCCCGCCGCUCUGCAAGGACGUGCUCAGCCCCCUGAGGCCCUCCCGCCGCCACUUCCCCAGGGUCAUGCCCCUGUCCAAGCCAGUGCCGGCCACCAAGCUCAGUGCGCUGACGCGGCCCAGCCCCGGGCCCUGCCACUGCAAGUGCGACCUGCUGGUCUACUUCGAGAUCUGCGAGCUGGAGGCCAACGGCGACUACGUCCCGGCCGUGGUGGACCACCGAGGCGGGAUGCCCUGCGUGGGGACCUUCCUGCUGCACCAGGGCAUCCAGAGACGCAUCACCGUGACCCUGCUGCACGAGACGGGGGGCCACAUCCGCUGGAAGGAGGUCCGGGAGCUCGUGGUGGGCCGCAUCCGAAACACCCCGGAGACGGACGAGUCCCUGGUUGACCCCAACAUCUUGUCUCUCAACAUCCUGUCCUCGGGAUACGUGCGUCCAGCCCAGGACGACAGGCAGUUCCUAGAUUCGGACAUGCCUAGGGCCUCCUUCGGAAGCGGCACUAGGACGUUCUUCCAGUUCGAGGCUGCGUGGGACAGCUCCAUGCACAACUCCCUGCUGCUGAACAGGGUCACCCCCUACCGGGAGAAGAUCUACCUGACCCUGUCCGCCUACAUCGAGAUGGAGAACUGCACGCAGCCGGCCGUCAUCACCAAGGACUUCUGCGUGGUCUUCUACUCCCGCGACGCCAAGCUGCCCGCCUCGCGCUCCAUCCGGAACCUCUUCGGCAGCGGGAGCCUGCGGGCCGCGGAGAGCAACCGCGUGACCGGGGUGUACGAGCUCAGCCUGUGCCACGUGGCGGACGCGGGCAGCCCAGGGAUGCAGCGGCGGCGCAGGAGGGUGCUGGACACGUCGGUGGCCUACGUGCGGGGCGAGGAGAACCUGGCGGGCUGGCGGCCCCGCAGCGACAGCCUCAUCCUGGACCACCAGUGGGAGCUGGAGAAGCUGAGCCUGCUGCAGGAGGUGGAGAAGACCAGGCACUACCUGCUGCUGCGGGAGAAGCUGGAGGCCACGCAGAAGCCCAGCCCCGAGGCACCAUCGCCCGGCUCCAGCGAGGACUCGGCAUCCCGCAGCUCCUCCGGGGCCUCUUCCCCACUCACGGCCGAGGGCCACCCGUCGCCGCUGGACACGCCCAGCGAGAGGCAGCGGGAGCUGGCCGUCAAGUGCCUGCGCCUCCUGACACACACGUUCAACAGGGAGUACGCGCAGGGCCACGUCUGCGCCAGCGCCAGCGAGAGCAAGCUGUCCGAGAUGUCUGUGACGCUCCUGCGGGACCCGUCCAUGUCGCCGCUGGGCCCGCCCACGCUCACGCCCUCCUCCACCUGCCCGUCUCUGGUCGAGGGGCGCUACGGGGCAGCUGACCUGAGGACCCCCCAGCCCUGCUCCCGGCCCGCCAGCCCCGAGCCUGAGCCCCUGCCAGAGGUGGAAGCCAGGCAGGUCCCCUCCCCGGUGCGGGUGACCGAGGUGGACAAAGAGCCGCAGCCGCUGCUGGUUCCAGACAUCCAGGAGAUCCGGGUCAGCCCCAUCGUGUCCAAGAAGGGGUACCUGCACUUCCUGGAGCCCCACACGGCGGGCUGGGCCAAGCGCUUCGUGGUGGUGCGGCGGCCCUACGCCUACCUGUACAACAGCGAGCGCGACAACGUGGAGCGCUUCGUGCUCAACCUCUCCACGGCGCAGGUGGAGUACAGCGAGGACCAGCAGGCCAUGCUCAAGACGCCCCACACGUUCGCCGUGUGCACGGAGCACCGGGGCGUCCUGCUGCGGGCCGGCAGCGACAAGGACAUGCACGACUGGCUGUACGCCUUCAACCCCCUGCUGGCCGGGACCAUACGGUCCAAGCUGUCCAGGAGGAGGUCAACCCAGAUGCGGGUCUGAGCCCGCCGCCCGCCGAGACGCAGCCCGACUCCGCCCCUGUCAGUCCAGCCCGGCCUCCAGCCCCCGGAGGCCCGCCGCGCCCCACAACCCGGCGUCCCACGACCAGCCCGGGGGCACCUCCUGCCUCCUCGCAGACAGGGCGCCCCGCGGGGCAGUGGCAGGGCGCAGGCGCGAGCUGGUAUUUUUUUAAGCAUAGACAGACUUAUAAUUAACCGCAUUAGUUAGCGACGUGGGCCCCGGCGCUCAGCAGUGGACGGAGACGUGUCUAUUUAUAAGUAUUUAUUUCUAACGCCUCACAUAGGCCCCUAGUGGGCCCCGGACCACCCCGUGUCCCCACCCGCCUCUCCCGGCCCCCUCGGGACAGACAGCGGCAGCCUCAGACCUCGGCCAGGGUGUGCAGCGGCCGGCGGCUCUGGAGGUCCGAGCGGCAGUGGGCGGCCACCCCGGGAGCCCCGGCGGAGCCGCGGCCAGGGCCGCCUGGGCGGAGGUGGUCCUGGUGGGCAGAGGGAGAAGAUCCGGAUCCCCCGCGGGCCAGGUGUCCAGGCCGCAGGCUGGAGGUGGGCGGGCGGCUCUGGGGCUUCAGCUCCCGGGGGGGAGGGCCGACCGCUCAGGCGGCCACUGUCAGGGGCCUCUGGUGGGGAAUCCCCUCAUCACGGCAUCUGUCUGACCCUCUGCCCCACCCCCCGAGACCCCGGAAGGCACGGACAGGGCCUCAGCAGGCUGCACGCUCCGGCCACAAGCCGCCCUCGGGGUUCUCAGGGCCCCGCAGCCCCUUUGGGGCACACCCGGCCCCUCAAGGAAACCAGCAGCAGACCCCAAAGCCCAGCUGGGGGCAGCUUCCUCUGGCGCCCCAGAAAUGCCCCUUGCCAGUCCCCCAGCACACCCUCACCCCACCCUGUGACCGCUUCCCCCCACCAGGCUGGCCUGUCCGUGGCUCCCCGAGUGUGGGGGCUGCUCCGACUCUCCCGGGGCCCCCUUCCAGGCUCUUGUUAGGAUGCAGGAUGAGGUGCCUGUGGUGGGGUCUGUGCCCCCCAGAAGCAGAAUGGGGCGUCCAAGCCAUCGCACACACUGGCCCGGGAUGGGCAUCGGCCACCCUAUGGGUGCAGGGUCCCAUGUCCCGCAGACGGCCCCAGACAGCACCAGCACGGGCCGGGGAGGGCGGAGGAGGGCAGGGGAGCGGUGGGUGUGCACCUCUGAGAUGAGCGGGCCCUCGCGCUCUCCGGGGAGGAAGGGGAGGUGCUGGGCCUGACCCGGCCACUCAGGUCAGCCAGCCUGAAGCCGGCCUCGAAGGCCCUGCCUCCCUGGCACAGGUGUCUGAGGCCAGGCAGCCCAGCGCACCUGCCCCUGCGGGCGCCCCAGUCCUGGAGCCUCCGUGGCCACGGAGGCCCAGCUGCUUCCCUUUGCCCUGUUGCCACCUGGUUGUGGUGAGGGGGGCCGCAUGGCGCCCCCUGGCCAUGCCCCCGGCCUGCCCCAACACCACUUGUCAUCCGGCUGAGGACUGGACAGGGCCACGCUGGGGCCUCACCCCCAGGCAGACGGGAGGCGGUGUCCGCUGGCACCCGCGGGUGAGGAAGGAGGGGAGAUCCGGACAGCCGGCGCCCGGUCGGCGCUUGUUCUCACGUGGGGUGCUGCUCGGUCUGAGGGUGACCGCUGCCCUCCCUGCUCCCCACCUCUGGGGUGAGGUCCGUCCUUGUGAGCCGAGGAGAGUUCAGGGAGGGGCGCUGGGGGGCAGGCGCCUGAGAGUCCCCCCACCCCUGCCCUAGCAACAGAGAUGCGGGUCCAACCACAAGCAGGGCGGCACGCACAGACGUCCGCAGGCGUGUGCACACGAGCGCACACGGACACACAGGUGUACACAGACAUGCUCGAGCUCUCACACACGCUCGGGCGCACAGGCGUAUGCACACCCCCUGCGGCAGCUGUGGUGAAGUGGUCUCCCAUGCUCUGCCCGCCCACCCCACCCCACC